ACACCCACCCUUUAAUUUUCCUUUUCCCCCUGAAAAUAAAAACAGAAAUUUCCAUUUUUCCUCGCCGGAAAAUAAAUUGGAAGAGUAAAGACUCCGCCUCCCAACGAAGCCCGAUUCGAAUUAGGAAAAAAUAAAAUCAUAUAAAUAUAUAAACAAUGAAAAUUCCCCGAAACCCUCCGCCUCCCAACGAAAGCCCAAACCCAAACCAAGAAACCUCUUCCUGAUUUUUUUUUAAUAUAUAAAAGCAACCCUUUCGCCCGAUCUCAAGCUCUCUCUUUUUUUUUUUGGUUCUCACUCAGCAAAUUCCGCCGUCGCGGCCGCUCUUCCGUCUUCCGAACAGCGAUUCCCUUCAGCCUUGCCCGCCGGCGGCAAGUUUGUCCUUCCCUGCUCUAUCUCUUUAACGCAUCAGGACGUUUUCCGCCUUCAACUCUCUCUCCGUCGGCGGGAGAGUAAUAAAAGGAGACCGAUUUGAUUGUUUCAGCUCGUAAAUACGUAUGUCUCCGCCGUCUUUCUUGUUUCUUUUCCUCGGGUUGAUUUUGGUGGAGUCCUGAUUUUGCUAGCUUAGUUGGAGAAAGGUCUUUCACAAGUGAUUGUGGAAUCGAGUUUUCAUUGGGUUGGAAUUCUUUUGAUUUAUAUUUUUAAGAUUUGUUUUUAUUUUUGCUAGAUCUGGUAGUUGUUUUUGCUAUGAGAUUGAUCAGAUCCUUCCUUUAUUAUUUAUGAUUGAUUUGCUAUUUUUGUUUUAUGAAUAUAUACUUCCUGAUAAUUGAUGUGAGUUACUGCAUAUUAAUCUAGCACAUUAAAAAAGUAAAUUGGACUGGUUGCUAAGGUUCUUUGGAUUUUGCUCACUGAGUACUGGAUUCGAGCUGGCUGGAGAGUGGUAUUAGGGUUUCUUAUGGGGUGCUUGGUUUUUAAGUUGGUCUUGAAUGCGUGUUUGGUUACAUAGGGGAACGAGAGUAAUUGCACUGCUGCAACUUUUUUACUGCUAGUGAUGAUGACCAGAUUAUUACUUUGAAUGCCUGUUUGGUUACAUUGGGGAACGAGAGUAAAUGCAAUGCUGCAAGUCUUUUACCGUUAGUGAUGAUGAAAAGAUUAUUACUUUUUUCACUUGUGAUUCUUUAUUUUUUUUUUCUGCUUUGAGUUGUUUUACAGAAGAGAUGACGAUGCAGUCUGAAGAUCCUGUUCCCUCUCCCACUGCUCAGUUGGUUGGGAAUGCCUUUGUUGAGCAGUACUACAACAUGCUCUCGAAAUCGCCCGAUGUGGUUCAUAAGUUUUAUCAUGACUCCAGUGUCAUGAGCAGGCCAGUUGCUGAUGGCUUGAUGUCGUCUGUCUCAACUAUGGCUGGUAUCAAUCAGAUGAUCUUGUCUCUGGAGUACAAAGACUGUGAGGUCCAGAUACUGACAGCUGAUUCUCAGAAAUCAUUUGGGGAUGGAGUCAUCGUUCUGGUGACUGGUUUCCUCACCGCAAAGGAUGGGCUGAAGCGGAAAUUCACCCAAUUAUUCUUUCUUGCUCCACAAGAUAAUGCUGGAUUCUUUGUCUUGAACGAUGUUCUGAGGUACGUCGAUGAGGAAGAAUUGCUAGCUGUGAAGGGUUCCGAGGUUGCUGCCGAUACUGUUCCUGUUGCUACCCCUGAACCUGAGCCUACUCCUUUCACCAAUCAUGUUGUGGUGGAGCAAGAAACUGCUACUGUUGCUGCUGAAGAUACCAUACCCGUCAGCAAUGAAGCUAGUCUUCAGCUGGACAAUGGUGACAUUGCUGUUGCAGAGAAAGAUUAUGUAUCAAAUAGUGUUGCUGAGGCUACAGAAAUUGUUGCUGCUAUUCCAAAGGCCGAAGUUGCAACUCAGGAAGCAAAUCAUCACCAGCUGUCUGAGACAGCUGCUACCCCUACUGCGACGGAGGAUGCUCCCAAGAAGUCUUAUGCUUCAAUUGCCUACCAAUUGAACUACAAACCCCAGCCAUUCCAGCAGAGGAUUGCACCACCAAAACCUGUUGUCCAUGCUCCUGUUGCUGCUGCAGCACCAGCAGCUGCACCAACAGAUGCUCCAGCUCCUCGUCCUGCUAGAAACAACUCCGUCGAAAGGAACAACAAUUUCACUGGGAAGGGCCACCCUAUCUUUGUUGCCAACCUGCCAAUGGAUGCAACUCCUGAACAGCUGUACGAGAUUUUCGAGAAAUUCGGGCCCAUCAAGUCCGGCGGCGUCCAAGUCAGAAGCUACAAGCAAGAGAAGAACUGUUUUGGGUUUGUGGACUUCGAAUCAGCUAGCUCCAUGGAGAAAGCCCUUGAGGCUGGGACCAUGAUGAUUGGCAACCGGGAAGCUCAUAUCGAGAAGAAGAAAGCUGCUGGGGAAGCCGGGAAGUUUGCACCGAGAAGGGGCGGUUACAGGAACGACGGCUUCAGGGGCCGCGGUGGGAGCUUUGUUGGAGGACGUGGUGGAGGGUAUGGGAAGGGUGAGUUUGAGAACCAGCAGGGCGGUGGCAAUUUCUCAGGUCAGGCGAGAGGUGGCGGUGCUGGACGCAACGGCGAGGCGAAGGUUUAUCAGAACGGAGGUGGGAGAGGAGCCCGUCUUACUAGACCGGCGCCACCUGCAGCAGGCGCCACUCCUGCUGCUGCAGGCGCCGUUCAAGGUGGAAAGAAUUAGUCUUUUCGUGGUUUUUCUCCCUCAAAUUUUGCUUCAUCUUCUUUUCGGUCAUUUUAGUUCUUAUUUUGGCCUCUCCUUCCGCUGUCAUUCUUAUAGGGAAAAACAUUAUUUAGAAGACUAGACGUUGCGGCAUUCUGUAGGGUUAUUUGUUUUGUUUUACUUUGUGGCUGCAAUCAGUGUUUGGCUGUUCGGUAGAGGUUUCUUUCGUUGAUUUUUUUUGGCCUCCAUGGCUAAAAGUUAUAAGGCAGACAGUCAAGUGAACUGGAAAUGUACUAUUAUUAGUCUAAUACCCAUUAGAGGUUUUUUAUUUGAAGGAUUAUUCGUUAUUUCGUGGCUUAAUUAACGUUGGAACUGCAAAUUGAUCAUCACAAUGUAGCCCUAAGUUUUACUACAAAAUGCCAAGUGGUCUCUAAUACAGUUCUAAGGUCCAA